ACUUCUUUCAGGCACCGGCGUGAUUCUUCUUCAUUGUCGUCAUCGGCAGCCGCUAAACAUUUGCGAAAUUUGCCGCCAGGAUGCACUCCGGAAGAAUAUCUGAAAUUUGCAGUAAAAGAAAUGAAAGAAGGACUAGUGAACAGCGAACACGAAUCGAGUGCUCUGAAGAGUGCCAAUUUGCCGCACUCAAUAUCGAGACAUCCAGCAAUAGCCAUUGAACAUCGCAGUAUUGCCGCAGAUGAUGAGGAGCACAAGCUCCUCAAACAUUCACCAACCAAACGUGAGCUGCUUUUUGUAUGUCUGUGCAAGGAUUUCGAAUGGGAUGGACCUGUAUUUCUGGACGACGCCCACACCCACUCAAAAGUACCAUACUGUUAUAAGUACGUUGCAAAUAUCGACGAAGAAACAGACGAGGAAGCCAAGCUAACACAGAAAAGCGCUCGCGAAAAGUGCCGAGCAUACAGCAGUCAAGGUGAUGGAGGACCAUCUGAUCUCGCAUCAGUUCAUUCCAGCGAUGAAAACCACGAUUUAAAAAGUGCGUUAGCAAUUCUUUCAACAGCCAGCACUUCGUAA